GAUUGCAAGUUCAAUCAUGUUUCAUUUGGUAGACAAUGUUAUUGACAUUUAGCUUAUAAUUAAAACUAGCAAUGAGUUACUUUAUAGCUUUAUGUUUACUGUGAAAUUACUGUUUUAACAUCUAAUACUACUGUUUUUCCAGUUUUAUCUUCUCACGUUCAAUCCGACUAAACGCUAUUUGAUUCCUGACUUUGAUUGUUUGGCCAAUUCAGAGAUGUUCUGUUAAAGGUGUGUUAGAUCUGGUGAGAGAUGGAGUCGAUACUGGCUAGAGCGUUGGAGUAUACAUUGAACUGCUGGUUAAAAUCAUUUACCCGAGAUCAGUUCAAAUUGAAGGGACAUACGGCGCAACUUUUCAAUUUAGAUAUAAAUGGGGAUGCUAUACAUACGUGCACGGGAUUACCACGGAGAUUGAAUGUUACAACGGCAAAAGUUGGAAAAUUGAAGAUCAUUGUUCCGUCAGUAAUCAAUGUGCAAACAGAGCCAAUAGUUGUGCAAAUUGAUAGGCUCGAUUUAGUUCUGGAAGAAAGAGAUGAUAUUGAUAAACCUAAGAGUCCCAGCAGUCCGGUGUCAUCUGGUAGCUCCUCGAAGGGAAGUGGAUAUGGAUUUGCUGACAAGAUUGCAGAUGGCAUGACCUUACAAGUCCAUACGGUUAAUCUUCUAUUUGAAACUCACGGAGGUGCUCAACGCGUAGGAGAAGCAAGCGCUAGCUGGGCACCUAUGGCAUCAAUCACUAUACGCAAUCUUCUUCUAUAUACUACAAAUGAGAAAUGGGAGGUUGUAAAUCUAAAGGAAGCUAGGAAUUACUCUAGAGGCAAGGAGAACAUAUAUGUGUUCAAAAAACUUAAGUGGGAACAUCUAUCUAUUGACCUGUCACCUCAUCCCGAUAUGUUUGUGGAUGCAAAAUUUGGAAGCUCUCAAGGGUGGAGUAACAAGAGAGAUGAAGAUGGAUAAAGACGAGUAUUUUUUGGUGGGGAGAGAUUCAUUGAAGGAUUAUCUGGAGAGGCUGAUGUAAUUGAAAUUGGGCUCACAAUUUUCUUUCUAUGAUCAUAGGUUAUGAUUUGAGGCAUACAGACGAUUGAUAUUAAUGGAUUUCUUGGAUUCACAUUGUUAUCAGAUUACGAUUCAGAGGACUGAUCACCUAAAUGGUCCACUAGAGUUUAACGCUAAAUUGCACAUCACAGAAGGAUUACGAGCGCUUCUUCACUUCAUGACAGGAUUUUACCUCUAUAAACAGAGGAGAUGUUAAGCCAAAUCAGCAAUUAACAGGUGCAUAUGCAUCCAUGCUCGCACAUGGGUCUACCUAUGCUUCUAGGACAUUAUAAUGUCAAUGAUAUACAAAAGGGCAUGAAAAAAUGUUUUUAGCAACAUAUACUGUUAUGGAAGCAGUGGUGCAGCAGCCACAUCAGGCCUGAUGAGUUCGAGUUUUGCCUUCACACACCAGUACAAGGGAUUGAGCUAUCAAAUCCUCAGGCAUAUUGGGGAGGAACUCAAAGCACCUAUUUCUCUGAGACAUGAACAUUUUCGAUGAUUAAGAGACAAAAGUCCCUUUUUGGUGUUUGAGAUUGCAAGUUCAAUCAUGAUUCAUUUGGUAGACAAUGUUAUUGACAUUAGCUUAUAAUUAAAACUAGCAAUGAUUUACGUUA